AUGCCUACAACAAGCGUACGUGAUCCGGACGGGUUCAUUCCAGUGUCGAAUACCCGUCGGCCACGUAACCAAACCACACUCAGCCAACAAAAUAGCGACAAUUGGCAAGAUGGUGAUAUUGCAUUCCUCAAGUCACAUUACGAGUUUUCUAAGGAGGUAAAUCACGGCUUAAUCAACACCAAUUAUUUACCUCAAAAAGCGACAAACCAUCCAGUAAUAAUCCUGGAGCAUUCCGAGGAUUCAAAGUACUACCUGGUUACUACUAUCUCGGCAUAUCACUCUGGACCUGAAAACAACUACCUUCCGCCAUGGAGACAGCAGCGCCACCGCAACAAAGACCGCUAUGAUUUCCGUGCAUUUAAGGGCUCAGUCACGCCUGAUCAUCGACGGGAAUUUCUUCGACUCGAGGGGGGAUGUCUUCUACCAAAGCCGAAAACAUCAUGGGUUUAUACUCGCGGUGCAUUUGUGGUUCCAUCGUCGACACUUAAGGAGUUCGACAAGUUCGACAAGUCCCAAGGAGCACCGCGAAUGACCAAAAAGAGCCUCAACGACCUUCUUGAGCAUAUAAAGGAGAACUGUAAUACCGAGGCCCUCUGGACUGAUCCAAGGAUUGCUAAACUCCGUCGAUCUGAGACGAGCAACCUCUCGAUAAAUUCUAAGCCGGGAGUUCGAACAACAUCCACACCAUCAACGAUCAACCCAACCCGUAUAUCAUCGAACCCGAGUCCAAAAACUGGUCCCAAAUUAAGUCCCGGAGUGCCACUGUGGAGCGUCAUUGCAAGCAAAUCUACAACCUUCCAUAUUUCCUGGCAGACACAAGCUAAUUAUACACACAACAAGAUUCACGACAAUUUCAAUACUACCCAGGAGAAUAAGCCACGAUAUAAAAAGAUAUUAAGUUUAAAAACGUGGCGCGAGGUGGAACCAAACAACAUGGAAACAACUUCGUUGAUCCGCGAGGAACUCUGA